GUUCUCUCAUUUCCUCUGAGUGCAUAUCCAUUUCCAUCUGUUUCUCUUCCUUGAUUUGCGGCCAAUCGUAGAACAAGAAGUAGUGAGCAGAAGAUACACUACAGAGACAGAGAGAUCUUGACAAGAUGGGUAAAGCAAGAGGAGUGAACAAUGGUGUCAAUGAAAGUUCUCUCGGUUAUCUCUUUGGUUCCGGCCAGCCUUCUUCCGCUGCUGCUGCCACAAUGGGGACUACGACUACAACAACCACCACAACUACCACCGACGGAACCGGAGGGAGACCGAUAACCACCACGACGACCACAGUCACUGAUAACAAGAAGACAUCUGCAGGUGUUAGAGGAAGUCCUAAUAAUUACUUCAGAUCAGAAGGCCAAAACUGUGGAAACUUUCUCACGGACAGGCCAUCUACUAAGGUUCAUGCAGCUCCUGGUGGUGGAUCUUCUCUUGAUUAUCUGUUCGGAGGACCAAGUCCUGCUGGAUCUGGAAACAAAUGAAGUUACUUGUAGUUUUUUUCCCACUAUUCAGAUUUGUGUAAAUCAUCAAAUGUGUGGCUUUUAUAUCCCUUUGUGAACCAUGUGUGAUUCAAUUGUCAUGUUUGCCUUUGAUCUGUUCUUUGUGUUGUUAAAAGGGAUUUUCACACAA